UUGACCCCGCUGGCCAGGUCCUGGCAGAUACAUAAUUAAUGUUAAACUGGGUUCGCUGUUAGACCAUUACCGGGCACUGGUGUCUCAUUAUAGCUAAGACAGGACGCGUGCGUUUCCGGUGUACAGUCGCACCACGCUGCUUCCCCAGCUGCUGCUCAGCCCCAGUCUACACACUGUACGCAGCGGCAGCCAUGAAGGCUUUCAUGAAGCCGGGUCGUGAUCGGGGCGCCGAGGCCAUGGAUCUGGGGGAUGACGCAGACAUUGGGGAGGACACAGAAGGCGGCUUUACGCUGGCCGAGGUGCUUCGCUUAGGGGGAACCAAGCAAGAUUUUAUUAUGCUUGCAAGCUUGGAAGAAGCAGAAGAAAUAGUGGAUGGCGGCAAGAAAGGUGGAAUCGAUGAUCUGGAAGUAGGGGAGUUAAAGGAAUUUGUAGAAAAGUUGGGCUUCCAAAAACUAAGCAAAGGUAUUGAAGAUCAAGAGGAGGAGCCUGCUAAACAUAAGGGGAAGGAAACAAUUACCAAACCAUCCAGUUUAGAAGAGAACAAGACAAAUAAAGUUAAGAAAAAAACAACUGAAACACAAAGCAACAAAGAGGAAAAUGAAAAAAUUAAAGUCCAACAAAAAGCGAGUCGUACUUCAAGUAAAGCCUCAAAAAAUAAAGCAAAACCUGUGUUUGAAUUUCUUGAACGGACCACAAUACUCCUUAAACCUUGCGGAAAGUGGUAUGAUCAUGAGUAUACUAAAGAAUACACAAUGCAGCCUCAGAAUGAGGACAGUGUUAAUAAAUAUAAAGCUUUGGCUGAGAAGUUAUAUGAUCAUGAGGUAAACCUGUAUAAAAAUAAGAAGACACUCCAGAAAGGGGCUAACACAAAAUGGAUGAAAACUGUUGUAUCAACAGGCACAUUAGCAGACAGGAUGGCCGCCAUGAUAGUCCUUAUCCAGGAUGCUCCUGUUCAGUCAUUGCAGUUUGUUGAAAACCUAAUAAAUGUAAUCAGAAAAAAGGGCAGCAAACGCCAAAAUAUUAUGGCACUGGACACAUUUAAGGAUUUACUUCUGUCUGAUCUUUUGCCAGACAAUCGCAAACUCCAUCAGUUUGUUCAACAUCCAUUUGAUAAUCUUGAGGAAAUUUCCAGUGGUAACAGAGAUGCUAGGGAUCGACGGCUAGUGUUGUGGUAUUUUGAAGAACAGUUAAAACGACACGUGGCAGAGUUUGUGAAGGUUUUAGAAACAUUGACUCAUGACACUUUGAUUGCAACAAAAGCUAAGGCUCUGAAUGUGGUCCAUGAGCUUCUCUGCAAUAAACCUGAGGAGGAGAAGACCCUUCUGGUGUUGCUGGUGAAUAAACUUGGUGACCCGCACUACAAAAUAGCCACCAAAGCUUCCUAUUUACUUGAGCGCUUACUGAGCAAACAUCCAAACAUGAAAGUAGUUGUGUGUCUAGAAGUAGAGAGACUGUUGUAUCGUCCUAAUAUCAGUGAGAAAGCACAGUACUAUGGUGUUUGCUUUUUGAACCAAAUACUUUUUGACCACGAUGAAUCUGACCUGGCAAACCAACUGAUUACAGGUUACUUCUGUUUUUUCCGAGCAUGCAUUAAGAAGAAGGACAUUGACUCCAAGAUCUUGAGAGCUUUGUUGACGGGAGUAAACCGAGCAUACCCGUAUGCACAGAUAGGCAAUGAGAAGGUGAAGGAGCAGCUAGACACCCUGUUCAGAAUACAGCAUGUUGUGAACUUUAACACCAGCGUGCAGACCCUGAUGCUGCUCUUCCAAGUUAUGGAUUCACAACAAACCGUUUCAAAUCGGUACUAUGCAGCUUUGUAUAGAAAGCUUCUGGAUCCAGGAUUAUCACAGGGCUCUAGGCAAACAAUGUUCCUCAAUCUUCUAUUUAAAUCGAUGAAAGUGGAUGUUGUACUGAGGCGGGUAAAAGCAUUUGUGAAGAGAUUAUUGCAAGUCACCUGUUGCCAAAAGCCAUCUUUCAUCUGUGGAGCUUUAUACCUUGUAUCUGAGAUUUUCAAACUUAAGCCAGGGCUGAAAAUUUUGCUAGAGGAAAAUGGGGAAAAUGAUGAAGAGGAACACUUUCGUGACUUACCCGAUGAUGAUGAUGAUAAUGGUACUAGUAUCCAGGAUGAACAGGAAAGAGGAAAUAAUACUGAUAAUGAAACCUCUGGAAAUGUUGCAUCUGCUUCAUGGAUACACCAGCAGACUCUCCAAGGCAUAAAUAAAGCAAGCCAUUAUGAUCCUUUGAAUAGAAAUGCUUUAUUCUGUGGCGCUGAUAACACAAGUCUUUGGGAGCUUAAGAAGCUAUCUGAACACUUUCAUCCAUCCGUUGCACUAUUUGCAAAAACCAUCUUGGAGGGAAAUUCUAUCCAGUACACAGGCGAUCCCCUGCAAGAUUUCACACUUAUGAGAUUUCUGGACCGCUUUGUGUAUCGCAAUCCAAAACAACCAAAACUUCAAGAGAAUAACAGAGGAUAUUUAAUGCAUCAAAAGAAAAAGAAGCUUUACAUGAAUGAACAGAUACAUCCAGUUAACAGCACCAUGUUUAUUGAAAAAGAAGAAAGCGAAAUACCAGUUGAUGAAGUUUUCUUCCACAGAUACUUCAAAAAAGUGUCUACUGAUAAACAGAAGUUUAAGCGUAAUGAUGAUGAAGAGAGUUUAGAAGACGUGGAUGAUGAUGAGUUUGAAGAAAUUCUUGAUACAUUUGAAGGAGACAGUUACUACAGUGACAAGAAAAAUGAUAUUGAUUUUGCCGGGAACCUAAAACCAAGUGAAAAAUCUGCAAAGAAAAAAUCAGGAGAUGAUGAUUCUGGAUCUGACUGGGACAUUGAUGCUGAAGAUGAUGAUGAAGAAAUAUCAUUGGGUAGUAUGCGUGAUGAGGACUUUGAAGACGAUGAAGCGGGAGGUGUUUUUAUGGACACUUCAGAAACAAGUUCUAUAGAUCCAGAAUGUAAAAAAGGAAAGAAAAGGCAUUUAAAGCAGGAAGACAUGUUUGCUGCUGCUGAGGAGUUUGGUGCUAUCCUGGAUGAGAGUUCUGGCUCCAAAUUUGACAACAUUGGAUUAAAUGCUGUAUCAAAUAAAGAAAACGCAAGUAUCAAGCAACUCAAAUGGGAAGCAGAACGAGACAACUGGGUUCAUAAUAAAGAUGCUAGAAAUAUCAUCAAGAAUAAAAGAAAGUUCAAGCAAACAAGAAUACAUAAAGGCAAAAAGAAAUAAAUUAUUUCAUAUACUUUU